UCCUGCAGCAUGUCCAUGACCUUCAACACCUCCUACAAGAACCUCUGUCUCAUCUUUCCCUCUUGGCGUCUCACUACUGCUAGCAGCCUCUACCUCUCUCUACUGGUGAUUGUGGGACUCUGCGUUGGAUAUGAGUGGCUCAGAUUGAUCCUCAAGAGGCUAGAUAGGAGACUUGUUGGAGCAGCGCGCAGGAGGGGUGCCUCGGCUGCUAGUGCGCCGCUGCUGGGGGCGGCCGAGGCGGGUGGGAGUAGGGCAAGGAGCGCUACGAGGAGGUAUGAUCCAAAGGUGAAGAGGAGCGGUGAAGAUCAAUCGGUACGCUCAAUAGGCUAUGCUAUCGCAGUAGCCUACUCAUACACGCUCAUGCUGCUCUUCAUGACCUACAAUGCCUACGUCAUCUCUGCAAUCAUCGUCGGAGCAGCCCUCGGCCAUUACCUCUUCAAUCGA